GGAGCAGUGGCCCUAGGGCUUCCCUCUCUCCCUUUCUCCUUAAUGGAGGCGACCCUGUAAUCGUCGCUUCCCCAAAUCCUUCCGCCUCGGCCCAAAGGCGAGCCCCACAUAGGCGGCCUAACCACGGGAACAGGAUCCCAGCAGCCGUCUACUAGGCCACGCAGACGCAGAGCCUUCGCCUCCUCCGCGCAGCCGUCGAGAGCUUUUGUCUCUUCUGCGCAGGCGCUGAAAGCCCUCGCUUCCUUUGCGCAGGCGCCAAGCCAAAGCGGGCGGGACGUGACGUCACCAACCAGGAGUGAGCAUCUCAUGUUCCCAUCUCCACCAUGUUGCCCAGCAUGGCAAUGAAAGUGGCACAUGGUGGCAUUCCACCCUCCAGAUUACUGCCGUGGCUAAUUAGGAGCAAGCCGCGGUUUUUGUGUUCUGGGCCUCCGACCAAAAGGCGACGUCGAGUUGUGAUCACUGGUAUUGGAUUAGUCACUCCUCUCGGGGUUGGAACCCAGUUAGUGUGGGAUCGCCUCAUCCAGGGGCACUGCGGCAUUGUUUCACUGCAGGGUGAAGAGUACAAGAAUAUCCCGUGCAGAGUUGCCGCCUAUGUGCCCAAAGGGGCUGUGGAAGGCCAUUUUAACGAAGAAAACUUCGUGUCCAGAUCGGAGGCUAGAACCAUGUCCUAUCCCACCAUCUUGGCCAUCGGAGCGGCGGAAUUGGCGAUCCGAGAUUCUGGCUGGCACCCUCAGACAGAAGCCGAUCACAGGAUUGCUGGGGUGGCUAUUGGUAUGGGGAUGGUUCCCCUGGAAGUGAUUUCCGACACAGCCAUGAUGUUUCAGACAAGAGGCUACAAUAAAGUCAGCCCCUUCUUUGUCCCCAAGAUCCUGGUUAACAUGGCAGCGGGUCAAGUCAGCAUCCGCUACAACCUUCAGGGCCCCAAUCAUGCCGUGUCAACUGCCUGCACCACAGGCGCACACGCUGUGGGCGAUUCUUUUAGAUUUAUAGCACAUGGAGAUGCGGACGUGAUGGUGGCCGGAGGAACAGACGCCUGCAUCAGCUCCUUGUCUCUGGCCGGAUUUUCCAGGGCUCGGGCUCUGAGCACAAACUCCGAUCCCAAGGUGGCCUGCCGCCCGUUCCAUCCCAAGAGGGAUGGCUUUGUGAUGGGAGAGGGAGCGGCCGUCCUGGUGCUGGAGGAGUACGAACACGCUGUUCAGAGGGGCGCCAGGAUAUAUGCGGAAAUUCUGGGCUAUGGACUCUCUGGGGACGCCGGCCACAUAACAGCCCCCGAUCCAGAAGGAGCAGGGGCUGUAAGAUGUAUGGCUGCUGCAAUUAAAAACGCAGGCAUCUCUCCUGAAGAUGUAUCCUAUGUCAACGCCCAUGCGACUUCCACACCUCUAGGAGAUGCUGCUGAAAAUAAGGCCGUCAAACAACUCUUUAAAGAGCACGCUCAUUCCCUUGCAAUGUCUUCCACCAAGGGAGCAACAGGACAUUUGUUAGGAGCAGCUGGAGCAGCGGAAGCUGCUUUUACUGCCCUGGCUUGUUACCAUGGAACACUGCCACCCACCCUCAACUUGGACUGCUUGGAACCCGAGUUUGACCUCAAUUAUGUCCCACUGACAGCUCAGGAAUGGAAAUCAGGAAAAAGACGCAUUGGAUUAACCAACUCCUUUGGCUUUGGUGGGACGAAUGCAACCCUUUGUAUUUCUAGCAUAUAACUUGUAUUUUGUGUGCACAUGAACAUUGAUGCAUGAUGCUAAUGAUCACCAGUUGGAUUAAGAAAUAAUAUAAAUAUGUGGAUAAACAUAUGGAGUCUCUUCUUGUUGUCUCUGCUUUGGGCACUUUCUAGUACCAUGUUUCAAAAACCUACACAUAUCUUUUUUGUAUUUCAUCUUCCAGCUUAUUUUUCUUUAUCUUGGAUUUCUACCCAAUGACUUUAAUUCUGUCUUCUGGAGCCCUCAGCAUAAGAAUCAAACCUUUCCCAUAGAAUAGCUGUAUAAAUAAAGACAACUUCCUUGGUCUCCUUAAA